AUUUAUAUUUUAUUCGGUCCCGUUCGGUUAACUGCAGUUUUAGAGGAGAUGAAACUGGUCUGAACUGGUCCGGUUCGAUUUUUGAAUAUUUUGAAUUGACAUUUUUUUUUCAAUUCGAAUCGGCUCGGUUUUGCGGUUCUCCGGUUCUUAUGCCCAUUCUGAGCAUAAUUGCUUCCUGGUUUUGACUGCUUCUGCAAGACUAAAAUUGUCAUCAUCAUCAGUGCAGCCAGUGCAGGCUGGCUGCAAGAGAGGGUUAUUAGAAUUAAAGUGAAUACCUCACAGACGCAGACAAACUGCAAAUUCUCCAUCAAGAAGUAGAAUUAGAACUUGACAUGGAAAACAAGGUUUUAAUGCAGUACAACCACACGGAUCCCUGCUCAUUUGCGCGUUGGACUACCAAAGAAUGCUUCCAGUUCAUGACUGCCAGGCCAUGGCAACAAGUUAUGGAUUUUUAUUCGGAUGUGGUGAAGGACCGCAAGCCCUUAUCAGCGUUGUUGGGCAAAGCUUGUUUGAGUAAGAGUAACAUUUACAAUAGGCUAGAGAGUCUACCGCCAUCUCAUGAUAAGGGUGGGAGGUGGGCACGACUAACAUUCAAGAUUGUUGUUUCGUAUCAUGGUGGUUCCUUUGAUGGCUGGCAAAGGCAGCCAGGCCUCAACACUGUUCAAAGUGUGGUGGAAAAAUCUCUGGGAAAAUUUGUUGAUGAGAGGAAAGCGCAGAUGCUGAAAGACAAAGGUUUUCCAUUAGAAGGCGCUGCUCUUGUUGCCGGACGCACUGACAAAGGAGUGACUGCCGUUCAUCAAGUUUGUUCUUUUUAUACUUGGAGAAAGGAUGUCAAAUCUCAAGAUAUUACAGAUGCCAUCAAUAGUGCAGCACCAGGAAAACUCAGGGUCAUAUCAGUUACUGAGGUAUCACGUGCCUUCCAUCCAAAUUUUACUGCCAAAUGGAGGCGUUAUUUAUAUAUAUUUCCAUUUAAUGAUGAGGAGGACAUGGAGCAAAGUAAUCAGAGUGGAGAGAAUGUUCAAAAUUUUAAGAGUAAAGAAAAUUAUCAUGAGCAUAAAAAUGGAUGUGAUCAAUGCAAUGAAGCAAAUGUUGGAAACUUAGUUAUCAACGAUAACGAAGACCUUGAAACUCUGAAACCUCGGGAAUUCACCGUAAGCAGGGUGAACCAACUUUUACAGAAACUAGAAGGAAAGUUAUUAUCGUAUAAGAUGUUUGCACGUGAUACCAAACCAUCCAGAAAUGAGGGUCCGCCAACAGAGUGUUUUCUCUACCAUGCUCGAGCAAAAGAAUCCAAACUACCAUGUUCAGAGCAUGAGAAAGGAAGAAGGGUUAUGUGUAUUGAACUUGUUGCUAAUCGAUUCUUACGCAGGAUGGUUCGGGUUCUUGUGGCAACCUCAAUAAGGGAAGCAGCUGCAGGUGCAGAUGAGGAUGCAUUGCUAAAGCUGAUGGAUGCUACAUGCAGACGUGCCACUGCUCCCCCGGCACCCCCUGAUGGUUUAUGUCUUGUUGAUGUGGGUUAUGAAGAAUUUGAUCCACAAGAUUGCCUCAUCUUGAAAGAGUGAAUGUACAGUGACAUUCAUGCAGAGGUAGCUUCCGAUCUUUAAAGUGAAUACAAAGCAUACACAUUAAACAAUGAUAAACCCAUGUUUUGGUAUUAGAUGGAAAUGUAAUUCAUCCGAUGGAUCUCAACCUAUCCAAAACACUUCUUUUAUGUAACUACUUGCCGCUGAAAUUUUUACAGAAAUGUCAAAUUUUGUUGUGAGGGCUAUUCCAGAUUAAUUCUUGUGAUACUUUCUGAACUGAAAUCAAGUCAGUUGUGUUUAGUAAGAGAAGUAAUGAAGUGGCUUAUUGUUCUAACA